AUGCCCUACGGUGCUGCUCCAAGAAUGGGACCUUUCGGUGGUGGCCCUGGCUCCUAUGCCGGUGGUGGUGGUGGCGGCAUGCAAUAUGCUUCUGGUGGUGGUGGACCAUCAUAUAUGGGGCCGCCACAAGCAGGUCCACCCAUGGGAGGUGGAGCAGGUUAUGUGGAACCACAAGCCGCUGGGCCUCCUCCUGGAGGUGCCUACAUGGGACCUCAACCUGCGGGUCCUUCUGCAGGCGGUGAAUAUGCCGGCCCUCAAAGUGCAGGCCCUCCCCCUGGAGGUGCCUACAUGGGACCUCAACCUGCGGGUCCUUCUGCAGGCGGUGAAUAUGCCGGCCCUCAAAGUGCAGGCCCUCCCCCUGGAGGUGCUUACAUGGGACCGCCGCCACAAGUUGCUGCUCCUGCACCUGGAGGUACCUAUACGGCACCUCAAGGUCCUGGUCCGAUGCCGUCGGCUGGAGGAGCGUACAUGGGACCACAAGGUCCUCCCCCUUCUGCUGGGGCUACCUAUGUGGGGCCAGUUUCCGGUCCCGUUACGGAGAGUGCAUUUGAGGCUGAAGAAGCUGCUGAAGUCUCUAGCACUACAGCUGAAAGUGAGCUCGUCAAAGCUGGCCCGUCGCAGGCUGGAGGCAGCUACAGCCAACCUUCAUCUGCAGCUGAAGAGACGGAGGUGGCCGAGAAAGUAGCUCCAACGAGUAGCGAGGCUCCAGCAGCUGAAGAGGAGACGGAAGCUGAAGAGCAAGAAGCCGAGACAGAACCUUCCUCCGCAGAUGGUAGUGUUGCCUACGACCAGGUACUGAUUUAUGGACACUGGUUCUAUCAUAUAAUU